AAUUUCAAUCUGCGGCGGCAGCGUUUUUACCUCUGGAACGCGCGAAGAACAGAGCCUUCUCUUCUCACAACGUCGAUCUUUUAAGAGCGGAUUUAUAUCUCUUUUUCCAAUCUCUCUUUGAAAAUGGCGACCCAGAUGAGUAAGAAAAGAAAGUUCGUUGCCGAUGGAGUGUUUUUUGCCGAGCUAAACGAGGUUUUGACUAGAGAGUUGGCUGAGGAUGGAUACUCCGGUGUCGAGGUUAGAGUUACUCCUAUGCGCACUGAGAUCAUCAUCCGGGCCACCCGCACUCAAAACGUUCUCGGAGAAAAGGGUAGGAGGAUUAGGGAACUCACCUCGGUUGUGCAGAAGCGGUUCAAGUUUCCGGAGAACAGUGUUGAGCUUUACGCCGAGAAAGUUAACAACAGAGGGCUUUGUGCCAUUGCCCAAGCUGAGUCUCUUCGCUACAAGCUACUUGGUGGCCUUGCAGUGCGGAGGGCAUGCUAUGGUGUCUUGAGAUUCGUUAUGGAAAGUGGAGCAAAGGGAUGCGAGGUGAUUGUUAGUGGAAAACUGAGGGCACAGCGUGCAAAGUCUAUGAAGUUCAAAGAUGGAUAUAUGAUUUCAUCUGGUCAACCAGUGAGAGAUUAUAUCGACUCAGCUGUUAGACACGUUCUUCUCAGACAGGGAGUUCUGGGGAUCAAGGUUAAGAUCAUGCUUGAUUGGGAUCCUAAGGGAAAGCAAGGCCCUACCACCCCUCUUCCUGAUGUUGUGGUAAUCCAUUCCCCCAAGGAGGAAGAAGAAAUCGUGCAUAGACCAGCAGCAGCAGCACCACCAGUUUUGAGCGCUGAUAUUGAGGUUGUUCCAGAAGUAGUGGUAGCAGCUUGAGAGAGGCUUCUUCUCAUCUAGAUAUAUUCAUCUCUCUUGGUUUGAGCCUUCUUUUUGAUAAUCAAACAUAAUGCAUGUGAACAACAGUUUGUAACAUUUUUUUUUGCUUAAUCAUUAUUUAUUUUGGACUCCUGUUUGAUUUUAA